AUGCGCUCACUACUGUAUCUUCCAUUAAUUGCGGGCACUGCCAUUGCUGGUAGCUGUCCCUAUAUGAGCGGUGAGAUAGACAAGCGUAAUGAUGCCGCCAUCCAAGAAACAUCACAACAGACCGAAGAGUUCAUGGGUCAAUUCAAGCUCGAUGAUGGACAAGGAUACAUGACCACCGAUUGGGGAACCCCUAUCGAUGAUCUCACGAGCUUGAAGGCUGGCGCUAGAGGCCCAACAUUGAUGGAAGACUUUGCAUACAGACAAAAGAUGCAAAGGUUCGACCAUGAACGUAUUCCGGAAAGAGUUGUACACGCUCGUGGUGCUGGUGUCCAUGGUGUCUUCGAGUCAUUUGGCAACUUCACCAACAUCACUGCAGCAAGCUUCCUCGCAGAGGAGGGUAAGAAGACUCCUACCUUCGUCCGAUUCUCCACUGUCAUUGGUGAGAGAGGGAGCGGUGAUGCUGCCAGGGAUGUUCGCGGGUUUGCAACUCGCUUCUACACUGAUGCAGGCAAUCUCGACAUUGUCGGCAUCAAUUUGCCUAUCUUCUUCAUCCAGGAUGCCAUGCAAUUCCCCGACAUGGUUCACGCUUUAAAGCCUCAGCCUGACAAGCAGAUCCCUCAAGCUGCUACUGCCCACGAUACCGCCUAUGAUUUCUUCUCCCAACAACCAAGCACUUUGAACAUGCUCAUGCUUAUCAUGUCCGGUUACUCUUUGCCUCGUUCAUACCGACACAUGAGUGGCUUCGGUGUCCAUACCAUGCGCAUGGUCACCGAAGAGGGAGACAGCAAGCUUAUCAGAUGGCACUGGAAGUCCAAGCAGGGUACCGCAAGUCUCUUGUGGGAAGAAGCUCAAGCUAUCAACGGCAAGAACCCUGACUACCACCGCAAAGAUCUGUGGGAUGCAAUUGAGAACGGCGCCUACCCUGAGUACGAACUCGGUGUUCAGAUCAUGGAUGAAGACCAGCAGCUCGCUUUUGGCUUUGAUGUCCUCGACGCGACAAAGUGGAUUCCUGAGGAGCUUGUACCCAUUACAAUUCUCGGCAAGAUGACUUUGAACGCCAACCCAACCAAUUACUUCGCCGAGACCGAAAGCAUCGGCUUCCAACCUGGACAUGUUGUCAGAGGUAUUGACUUCAGCGAGGACCCUCUUCUUCAAGGCCGUCUGUUCUCGUACCUGGACACUCAAGUCAACAGACAAGGCAUCAACUUUGAACAACUACCCAUCAACCGUCCUCGCAUUCCCAUCCACAACAACAAUCGCGACGGUCGUGGACAGCAAUACAUCCCCGUCAAUAACUACGCUUACUCUCCUAACACCCUCAACAACGGCUUCCCCAAGCAAGCUAAUCAGACCGUUGGUGAUGGUUUCUUCACUGCACCCAACCGCCGCUUGACAGGCCCCCUGAUUCGCGAGCUCUCGCCUACCUUCAACGACCACUGGUCCCAAGCACGCAUGGUCUGGAACUCCAUCUCGGCCGCCGAGAAGCAAAUCGUCGUCAACAGCCUCCGCUUUGAAGUCAGCCAAGUGCAAUCCCAAGUCAUCAAGCAGAACUUUGUCAUCCAGCUCAACAGAGUUUCUCAUGAUCUUGCUUCUCGCGUUGCUGCCGCUCUGGUCGAUGUCAUUGUCCCCGAACCCGACAAUACCUUUUACAACACCAACAGCUCUGCUCAUAUUUCCAUCUUCAACACUACUCUGCCUACCAUCAAGGGUUUAAAUAUCGGUAUCUUGGCCUCGACUACUUCCAAUGCUUCCAUGUCUCAGGCUGCUCAGUUGGCAAAGUCGUUCUCGGCUGAAGGUCUCUUCGUCAGCACCGUCGCCGAAUCUCUUCAACCCGGUGUCAAUGUGACUUACUCAGCCGCCGACGCCCACGCCUUUGACGGUCUGGUCGUGGCAGCAGGUGCCGAAGCAAUCUUCACCGGUGAAAAAGCAUCACCACUCUACCCUCUCGGUCGCCCCAUGGAGAUUCUCAAAAACGGCUAUGGUUGGGGUAAAGCCAUCGGCGCCGUGGGGAGUGCUAGAAAGGCUUUCGACGUCGCUGGAAUUCAAAAGCGCCCUGGUGUUUACUUUGCCAAUGGCACUGCUGAAGCUGUCGAUGACUUGAAGAGCGGUCUUGGUAUCUUCAGAUUCCUUGACAGAUUCCCUCAGGACGAGUAA